GGGGACCAGUGGGCUCCGGAGCCUUCCGGAAGCACGGCAUCCGAGGCUGUGUGGACCACAGCCAGAGAGGUUCGGGAGACCCGCAUGGACCCUGCUCCGGGAGCCUCGGAGAACUGACUCGGAGUCGGCGAGCCUGUGCGAAUUCUGAGUCAUGGAGGCCAGCCAGGAAACCUCCGUCUUCCUGGUGAAGAUCUUGGAGGAGCUGGACAGCAAGCAAAACUCCGUGUCCUACCAGGACCUGUGCAAGUCCCUGUGCGCCCGCUUCGACCUGCCGCAGCUCGCCAAGCUGAGGAGCGUGCUCUUCUACACGGCGUGCCUCGACCCCAACUUCCCAGCCACGCUGUUCAAAGACAAGAUGAAAUGCACCGUGAACAACCAGCAGUCCAAGAAAAUCAUGGUGGCCGCAGACAUCGUCACGAUCUUCAACCUCAUCCAGAUGAACGGGGGUGCCGCCAAGGAGAAGCUGCCCACGGGCCGGCAGAAGCCGCGCAAGAAGGAGGCGUCCUUCGAGUCCUGCAGGCCGGACGCGGAGGUCUGCCCCGCGGCCGAGUGCGGGCCCCUGAACUGCGAGCUGGACGGCAGACCUUUCGGCCAGGGCUACCCCGCCCGGCAGCCGUCCAAGUGCCGGGAGACGGGCUGCAAGGACUGCCCGCAGUUCGUGCCGGCCUCCGAGCCCAACUUCCUGCUGGGGGUCAGCAAGGAGGCCAAAGCCCGCGCGGCCUCGCUGGACCGGCUGCAGGCCCUGGCCCCGUACGCGGUCGCCAGCCCUCAGCCCUGCGAGAUGCAGAGGACCUACUUCCCCAUGAACAUCGACAACGAGCCCGUCUCGGACCAGGACUCGCUGCCCAUCGCCCAGGGCAUCAAGGAGACCUUCCUCGCCCACGACGAGCCCUUCGUGGUCCCCUCCUGCGUCCAGAAGAGGAACAUCUUCAAAGAGGAUUUUCACAACCUGAUGCCCGUGUCCCCCAGUUUGGUUGGCCCCGCGAACAAGGCAAAGGGGGAGCACGGGGAGCCCCCGAGCCGGAAGGAGCCCCACAAGACACCCUUCUUGAACCACAGCUUUGAGAUGCCCUACAACAGCCAGUACCUGAAUCCCAUGUACUCGCCUGUCCCUGACAAAAGGCGGGUGAAGCACGAAAGCCUAGAUGACCUUCAAGCCUCCACGUAUUUUGGACCCACCCCCGUGAUGGGGACCCCGGAAGCCAGGCGCUGCCUGGGGAGGCCCGGCAAGCAGACCCCCUGGCCAGCCAAAAGCUGGAGCCUGAACACGGAAGAGGUCCCUGACUUCGAACGGUCCUUUUUCCAUCGGAACCCUUCCGAGGAGAAGCUGCGCUAUCCAAACCCCGGCGGCCAGUCGCCCAGCUUCCCGGCGCCGGACCAGCGGCCGGCUUACCUCUCACCAGAGGAGCAGCAGCCGAUGCUCCCCGUUGGCUACGCGGCGAAAUCCAGCGGGCUCAAAUCUAAGGAGAUCCCGUCCGCCCUUGACCUGGAGAAGCAUGAACCGGCGAAAAAGUUCAAGGACAAGAGUAUCAGCUGCACCAGUGGGCAGCUCAGCUCGGACACCAGCAGCGUGGGCACCCAGACCGAGCAGCACCUGCCGGAGCCCAAGAAAUGCAAAGACCUAGGUGCCUCGGGGCACGGCAGGUACGGGGACAGGCACGCCAGGAAGCAGUCGGACGACGACUCCGAGAUCGUCAGCGACGACAUCAGUGACAUUUUCCGAUUCCUCGAUGACAUGAGCAUCAGUGGCUCCACGGGAGUGAUACAGUCAUCCUGCUACAACAGCACAGGGUCCUUGUCCCAGCUUCACAAGUCGGACUGUGACAGUUCGCCGGAGCGCAACAUCCCCAAAGUAGCCAAUGGGCUCCCCGGCAGCAAAGGAGAAAAGGGCAACCGGCUCGACAAUGGCCACCACUCAGAAGAGGAGUUGAAGACCAGUGUCUGCAAACUGGUGCUCCGGAUCGGCGAAAUCGAACGGAAGCUGGAAUCGCUGUCGGGUGUCCGCGAGGAAAUCUCCCACGUCUUGGGCAAGCUGAACAAGUUGGAUCAGAAAAUGCAGCAGCCGGAGAAGGUGAGCGUGCAGAUUGACCUGAACUCCCUGACCAGCGAGGCGCCCUCCGAAGACAGCGCCUCCCCCCGGAUGUUCCGUGUGCACGGUGGCUCCCACGGGCCCAAACUGGAGAGCAGCGCCGCCGACUGGUGCUGCUCCGACGCCAGCGGAAGCAACAGCGAGAGCCUGCGGGUCAAAGCUCUGAAGAAGAGCCUCUUCACCAGGCCGUCCUCCCGGUCGCUGACGGAGGAGAACAGCGCCACCGAGUCCAAAAUCGCCAGCAUCUCCAACUCGCCCAGGGACUGGCGCACCAUCACCUACGCCAGCCGCGCGGGCCUCGGCGAGGAGGAGGUCCCGGACAGAGGCCCUGGGGAGAGCAAGGACUGGCAUCGCAAAUCGAAGGAGGGCGAGCGGCAGUACGACGCGCCCCCCCAGCACCGCCUGCCCAAGCAGCCCAAGGACGGCUUCCUGGUGGAGCAGGUGUUCAGCCCGCACCCCUACCCCGCCUCCCUCAAGGCCCACCUGAAGAGCAGCCCCCUCUACACGGACAUGCGGCUGACCGAGCUGGCCGAGGUGAAGCGGGGUCAGCCCGCCUGGACCCUGGAGGAGUACCCCCGGAACGCGGGCGACAAGGGCAAGCUGGCUGCCCUGGACCUGCAGACGCAAGAAUCUUUAAACCCAAACAACCUAGAGUAUUGGAUGGAAGAUAUUUAUACUCCGGGCUAUGACUCGUUACUCAAACGCAAGGAAGCCGAGUUCCGCAGAGCCAGGGUCUGCAAGAUCGCGGCGCUGAUCGCCGCCGCCGCCUGCACGGUCAUCCUGGUCAUUGUUGUGCCCAUCUGCACUAUGAAAUCGUGA